UGUCCUUUGAACUGGAAGAAUCCAAAAGGAUAUACAAUUCCACUGGAUAAACGUCUUGCUGCUGAUGGAAGAGGUUUACAGGAGGUUCAGAUUAAUGAUAACUUUGCUAAACUGUCUGAGGCUUUGUAUGUUGCAGAGCAGAAGGCUAGAGAAGCUGUGGCAAUGAGAUCAAAGGUGCAGAAAGAGAUGAUGAUGAAGGAGAAGGAGUUGCGAGCUUUAGCUGUUAAAGCUCGUUCUGAGAGAACUGGGACUGUGGCACCAUCAGCUGCUGUUCCAAUGUCGUCUGAAAGAAGUGCUAUGGAUACUGAUUCAAGAAUGGAUUAUGAGCCAGUGAGGGAAAGAGAACGAGAAAGAGAAAGGGAUAUGCCAAAGGAGUCAAAGGAAGAAAGGGAGGAGCGGUUGCAGAGGGAGAAAAUACGUGAAGAGCGUCGGAGAGAAAGGGAGACAGAGAGAAGGCUGGAGGCCAAAGAUGCUGCCAUGGGUAAAAAGAGUAAGAUUACGAGAGAUAGAGGUAGAGAUAUUAGUGAAAAAGUUGCUCUUGGUAUGGCUUCUACUGGUGCCGCAAGAGGUGGUGAAGUAAUGUAUGAUCAGAGGUUAUUCAACCAGGAGAAAGGAAUGGAUUCUGGAUUUGCAACGGACGAUCAAUACAACAUCUACGACAAAGGUCUAUUCACAGCACAACCUACUCUGUCGACACUCUACAAGCCGAAGAAAGACAUGGAUUCAGACAUGUAUGGUGGUGCAGAUGAGCAGUUAGAGAAGUCAAUGAAAACCGAGAGGUUCAAACCAGACAAGGCGUUUACUGGCACUUCUGAGAAGAGUGGUCCAAGAGACAAGCCACUCGAGUUUGAGAAGGAGGUUGAAGAAGCUGAUCCAUUUGGUCUUGAUCAGUUCUUGACGGAGGUCAAGAAGGGCAAGAAAGCAAUGGACAAAGUGGGUUCUGGAGGGACAAUGAAAGCAAGUGCAGGCUCUUCCAUGCGAGAUGGGUAUGAAGGAGGCUCUAGUAGAUCUCGCAUCGGUUUCGAAAGAGGACGUUGAUAAACAUGGCUCUGUAUCUCGUUAAUUUGGACAUGUUUCUUGCUGAGUGAAAUCUUAACCCCCGGCUAUCUUGGGUGAGAUAUUUUCUU